GGUUAUUCGCAUAUUUUUUAAAAACUAUUUCAAAAAAAAAAAAUACCUCAAUUUCAUUAAACAUCUGUCUCGCGAACCAUUCACCCAAAAGGAAUUGAAAUUGAAUUAUGAAUAGAGUUUUCAUUUUAUACUCAAAUUUAAAAGAUUUGGCAUUUGAAUAUAAACAUUACUACGUUAAAAAAGGAGAAUUAGACUUAUUAGGUGAUGAUCUCACAAAGAUGGUAUUUUUUAAUUAACACGAAUAUACGGAGUCCAAAAUGUCUGGAAACACAGGAGAGCGCUCAUUUGCUGAUAUAAUUACCAGUAUUCGAUAUUGGGUCAUUCAUAGUAUUACAAUACCGUCAUUAUUCAUUGCGGGUUGGUUAUUUGUUAGCACCGGUUUAGCGUACGAUGUGUUUGGGAGCCCUAGACCAAAUGAAUAUUUUACUGAGAACCAACAAGGAAUUCCAUUAAUAACUGGACGUUUUGAACCUUUAGAAGAACAGAAUGAAUUUAGUAGGAGGUCCCAAUGACUAUAGAUCGAACCUAUCCAAUUUUUACAGUACGAUGGCUGGCUGUUCACGGCCUAGCUAUACCUACCGUCUUUUUUUUGGGAUCAAUAUCAGCAAUGCAGUUCAUCCAACGAUAGAAGUUUAAAUAAAUUGAAUCCAAAUUAUAUAGCUACGACACAACAAUCAAACCCAAAUGAACAAACCGUGGAAUUAAAUCGUACCAGUCUAUACUGGGGGUUACUACUGAUUUUUGUACUUGCUGUUUUAUUCUCAAAUUAUUUUUUCAAUUAAGAAUAAUGAGAUAAUAGGCAUUCCAUUAGCACAUUCGGAAGGUUUCCUAUAUAAUAAUUAUCGAUGACUGUUUAUGGCUACAGCAUGCCCGUUUGAUAAAGUGUGGGGGAGAGCAGGAUCCAUGACUGAUACUACUGGAAGGAUUCCUCUUUGGAUGAUAGGUACUCUAGCAGAUUCUCCCUCUGAAACAAGCGGUUCUAGGCCAGGAGGAAGAAGAUUUACUACCUCAUUACUAUCCGAUCCAUCAUUAAUGAUUAUUUCAUAACCACCUUUUUGAUUUCGUAUUAUUUUUUUAACCCUACCGGAUGCUGUGGCGUUAAACACUGUAUUGUUACUUUUGCUACCAUCAGGAUAGAUCUGACCUCGUCCCCUGUUUCCACCUACAUAUAUAGGAUAUUUUAAAAAGUGGGCCCGCCUAUUAUUAGCAGGGUUUGGAGAAAGGAUGGGAAAUGUUAUUUUUGUAUAUUUCUGCCCAGGCACAGGUCCCACCACAAAAAUAUUUUUUAUAUUUGGGCGAUAACUCUGAAAAUAUAAAUUUCCUAUUUUUUCUUUGAGCUCAGGGGAAAUGCGAUCAGGCGGAGCUAAUUCAAAACCCUCCGGUAAAAUAAGAACCGCCCCCACAUUCAAACCACCCUUUUUUCCAUUAGAAAGAACUUGUUUAAGUUGGAGAUCAUAUGGGAUUUGCACAACGGCCUCAAAUACAGUAUCAGGAAGUAUCGCUUGGGGUACCUCAAUAUUCACAGGCUUAUUCGCCAAAUGGCAAUUAGCACAGACAAUACGACCAGUUGCUUCUCUUGGAUUUUCAUAACCCUGUUGUGCAAAAAGGGGAUAGGCACUUGAAAUAGAUGUCCGAGUUAGGAUAACCAUCAUAAGCAAUGCCGAAAGAUAUUGAGUAAUCUGUUGAGUUCUCGAAUAAAAAAGAUUUUUAGUGUGCAUCGGCCAAUUGUGGAUUCCAAAAUCAAUAAAAUCAAACGAGUUCGGUCGCUCAUCUAGUCUACUAUAACCACGAUUCGGCCAGUUGCUCAAAUAAAAAAUUCAUCUAGAUUUUCUAAAUUUUAUAAAAUAACCAAGCAGGAUUAAAAUAGAAAAAAUGAAGAAUCUAAGCUUCAUAUAACUUCACCUAUUGAAUUAUAAAUAAUUAGAAGUGACGGAGAGACGCGGUUUAAAUAGAGGAAAAGAAAAUACUUAAAACCGAUAUCAAGACUGACCGGAAUGAUGCAAACAAGACAGGAUAUUAUUUGAUCAUUAUGACCAAAUCCAAAAGAGUCGUAGAGAAAUCCAAUGGUGAAUUCCCAACCGCGAGUUGAAUGAUAUCCAAAAAAAAAAUCCGUGAAUAGAAGAAGGAAAAAUACUUUUACUGUAUCACUUAAAUUAAAUAAGAAUUUUUGCAACCAAGAGUUCAGAAUACUAAGGGGGUUUUCAUUACGCCAAUUAGCAAAACCAUUUAGAAUAAUAAAACAAAUUAUAUUUGUAAAUAAGUGAAAAAUUAUCUGGAUAGAAUUUUCAUUUUGGAUAUUUAUUAAUUGAAGUGCUUCUUCAUAGAUUUGUUUAUUAAAUUUUGAUGGGUCUG